AUGCAUGCUGACAUUUAUUUUUCACACUCCUUGUUCUUCUUCUUCCACACAGGCAACAGUGUGGUGGUGUGUGUGAACAACCUCGGAGCGUUGUCCUGUCUAGAGAUGGCUGUUGUUACCAGAGCAACCAUCAUCUGUCUGGAGAGUCGCGGUGUGGUGGUUGCCAGGGUGAUGUCGGGGUCGUUUAUGACAUCACUGGAGAUGGUGGGAGUUUCGCUGAGCGUGAUGACGGUCGACCAGGAAACACUGAGACUGUUUGAUGCUAAGACCAGCGCCCCCGCCUGGCCGAACCUCAGCAGUGUGUGUGUGAGCGGACGCAGCUUCAUCACAGAAGCUCCAGAGAUGAGCCCCCGCCCACAGGACCACACACACAAAGAAGGGCCUCUGAGUCCCGUCAUGCGUAAAGUGCUGGUUAAAGUUUGUACCACACUGUUGGAGAAGCAGGAGGAACUGAAUGCGUUGGACCGUGCUUCCGGGGACGGAGAUUGCGGUAACACUCAUGCUCAGGCUGCUAAAGCCAUUCAGGAGUGGCUCCAGGAUCAUGUGGUUCCUGGUUGCCCUGGGCGACUGUUGUCAGUCCUCGCUGGAUUGGUCCAGGAGAAAAUGGGCGGGUCUUCAGGAGCGUUGUACAGUCUAUUCCUGACGGCGGCGGCAGGUCAUGUGACCGAAGGGCAGAGCAACGGUGCAGCCUGGGCUACUGCAAUGCAUGCUGGGACACAGGCCAUGAAGAAGUAUGGUGGUGCUGACGUUGGAGACAGAACGAUGUUGGAUGCUUUGUGUCCUGCUGUGGAUGAGCUGAUGAAGCUGAAAACAGCUCCACCCGGUGGACAGGUGGCUGUACUGCAGAAUGCUGUGAAG